AUGCCCUUUGCUCAAUUAGUUAUAGGUCCCCCGGGAGCAGGGAAGUCGACAUACUGCAAUGGAAUGCACCAGUUCCUGGGCGCCAUUGGCCGGAAAUGCUCUAUUGUGAACCUCGACCCCGCAAAUGACAACACGUCGUAUCCGUGUGCGCUGGACGUCCGCGACUUGGUCACUCUGGAAGAGAUCAUGAGCGAGGACAAUCUGGGUCCGAACGGAGGGGUGCUUUACGCUCUGGAAGAGCUGGAGCAGAACUUCGAGUGGCUGGAGGAAGGGCUGAAGGAGCUCGGAGAGGACUAUGUGCUAUUUGACUGUCCGGGGCAGGUUGAGAUCUUCACGCACCAUUCCUCGUUGCGGAAUAUCUUCUUCAAAUUACAAAAGCUGGGAUAUAGACUAAUCGUAAUCCAUCUCAUUGACUCUUACAAUCUCACAUUACCCUCAAUGUACAUCUCUGCCCUCCUGCUCUCCCUGCGCGCCAUGCUCCAGAUGGACCUCCCCCACAUCAACGUGCUCACGAAAAUCGACAACCUCUCCAACUACGCCCCGCUACCGUUCAACCUCGACUUCUACACAGAGGUACAAGACCUGUCAUACCUCACCCCACACCUAGAAGCCGAGUCCUCGCGGCUCUCCCACGAGAAGUUCGGCGCCCUCAACAACGCCAUCGUCGACCUGGUGGAGGAAUUCGGCCUCGUGUCGUUCGAAACGCUCGCAGUGGAAGAUAAGAAAAGCAUGAUGCAUCUCCUGCGUGUGAUCGAUCGGGCUAGUGGGUAUGCGUUUGGGCCUGCCGAGGGCGCAAAUGAUACGAUUUGGCAGGUCGCUGUGCGGGAUGGCAUGGGCACGAUGGAUAUCCGGGAUGUGCAGGAACGGUGGCUUGACGCGAAGGACGAGUAUGAUGAGCAGGAACGGAUGGAGCUGGAAUCCGAGGCCAAGGCCCGCGAGCAAGCAACAGGAAUCGAGCCGGGACUUGGGCCUGAGCCCAUGGAGGAGGACGAGCUUGAUGCUGAUCUCGCAAAGUUCCAGAGCUCGAUGCCCGAUAGUGGCGUCAAAGUUAUACGAAAGUCAUGA